AUGGCGACCAUCCGGAGUCUUGACCACACCAAGUCCGAAUCGGAACUCGCAGUCAACAUCAAGAAAGCGACCAGCCCCGAGGAGACCGCUCCAAAGCGCAAACAUGUCCGCAGCUGCAUCGUGUACACCUGGGACCACAAGUCCUCCCAGUCCUUCUGGGCAGGCAUGAAAGUGCAACCGAUUCUCGCGGAUGAGGUGCAGACGUUCAAAGCUCUCAUCACGAUCCACAGAGUGCUGCAGGAGGGACAUCCGGUGACGCUCAAGGAGGCGAUGGCAAACCGGCCAUGGAUCGACAGUUUGAAUCGUGGGAUGGCCGGCGAGGGCAUGCGCGGCUACGGCCCGCUGAUUAAAGAAUACGUCUAUUACCUGCUUGCCAAGCUUUCCUUCCAUCAACAGCAUCCCGAGUUCAACGGCACCUUUGAGUAUGAAGAGUACGUCAGCCUGAAGGCGGUCAACGACCCGAACGAGGGCUACGAGACCAUCACAGACCUCAUGACGCUGCAGGACAAGAUCGACCAGUUCCAGAAGCUGAUCUUCUCCCACUUCCGCAACGUGGGGAACAACGAAUGCAGGAUCUCGGCCCUUGUUGCCCUCGUCCAGGAGAGCUACGGAAUCUACAAGUUCAUCACGAGCAUGCUCCGCGCGAUGCACUCCACCACGGGCGACAACGAAGCCUUGGAGCCUCUCCGCGGCCGCUAUGAUGCGCAGCAUUACCGGCUCGUCAAGUUCUACUACGAGUGCUCCAAUCUGCGGUACUUGACCAGUCUCAUCACCAUCCCGAAGCUGCCACAAGACCCGCCCAACCUGCUGGCGGAGGACGACGAGGCUCCUGCGCUCCCGGCGAGGCCGAAGCAGGAGAUUGAGCGGGCGCCCACUCCCGUCACAGCACCCAAGUCGGAGGAGCCGGACGAGAUCUCCGAGUUCUGGAAGAGCGAGCUGGAUCGACAGAACCGGGAGUACGAGGAGCAGCAGCGUGUCCUCGAAGCACAGCAGCAGCAGCAGCUUCUCUCUCAGCAGCAGGCCCAGCUUCAAGCCCAGAGAGACUUUGAAGAGCAGCAGCGACGGCUGGCCGAGCAGCAGCAGCGAGAACAAGAGGCGCUCAUGGCACAGCAGGCACAGUGGCAGACACAGGGAAGGCUCGCGGAGCUGGAGCGCGAGAAUCUGAACGCCAGAGCACAGUACGAGCGAGACCAGCUCAUGCUGCAGCAAUAUGACCAGCGAGUCAAGGGACUGGAAGGAGAACUGCAGCAGCUACAAAACAGCUAUGGCCAACAGAUCACGAGCAAGGACGAUCAGAUCCGGGCUCUACAAGAGCAGGUCAACACAUGGAGGACCAAGUACGAGGCGCUUGCGAAGCUCUACUCACAGCUGCGUCAUGAGCAUCUUGACCUCUUGCAAAAAUUCAAGUCUGUGCAGCUCAAGGCCGCCUCGGCGCAAGAAGCGAUCGAUCGUCGCGAGAAGCUUGAGCGUGAGAUCAAGACGAAGAACCUCGAGCUGGCAGACAUGAUCCGUGAGAGGGACAGGGCACUACACGAGAAGGACCGUCUGGCUGGAGGCAACAAGGAUGAAGUCGAGAAGCUCAAGCGCGAGCUUCGGAUGGCCAACGACCGGGCGGACAACAUGGAGCGAAGCAAGGGCAAUGAACUCUCGACCAUGCUGGCCAAGUACAAUCGCGAGAUGGCAGACCUGGAGGAAGCGCUUCGAAACAAGUCGCGCGCGUUGGAGGAGGCCCAGUCCCGCCUUCGAGAUGGGAGCUCUGAUCUUGAGCAGCUUCUCCGUGACAAGGAGGAAGAGCUAGAAGUCUACAAGGCGGGCAUGGACCAGACGCUGAUUGAGCUCAAUGAGCUCAAGCAGAACCAGGGUGUAUCCGACAAUGUCCUCGACGGACACCUUGACGCUCUGAUCUUGGCCAAUCUGGACAAGAUCAACGACAUUAUUGACUCUGUCCUCCAGUCUGGUGUGCAGAGAGUAGACGACGCCCUGUAUGAACUCGACUCCACCAUGCAGGCAGGCAACCAGAAUGCAUCUCCAUCCUAUGUGCUAUCGCAGAUUGAGAAGGCAUCGGGCAGCGCCAUGGAGUUCGCGACGGCGUUCAACAACUUCAUUGCCGACGGCCCCAACGCCAGCCAUGCCGAGCUCAUCAAGGCCAUCAACGUCUUCGCCAGCUCCGCAUCCGAUGUCUGCAACAACACCAAGGGCCUCACGCGCCUUGCGACAGAUGACAAGAAGACGGAUUCGCUCAUGAACGGUGCCAGACAGUCGGCACAGGCGACGGUCAAGUUCUUCCGCAGCCUGCAGAGCUUCCGCCUGGAGGGGAUGGACCCCAUCCAGAAGACGGAUGUGGUCAUCAACAAUAACAACGACGUGCAGAUGAACCUGCAGAAGCUGAACAAACUCGUCGAGGCGUUUGCUCCGGGCUUUGGCAAGCUCAAGGGCGAUCUUGGGGAGCUCGUCGACUCGGAGCUGAGCAAGGCCGCAGACGCCAUUGCAGCAGCAGCUGCACGUCUUGCCAAGCUCAGGAACAAGCCACGCGACGGGUAUUCCACGUACGAGCUCAAGGUCAGCGACACGAUCCUGGACGCGGCGACGGCGAUCACCGACGCGAUUGCCAGGCUGAUCAAGGCAGCCACUGUCACACAGCAAGAGAUUGUGGCGGCCGGGCGGGGCUCGUCGUCCAAGACGGCCUUCUACAAGAAGAACAACCGGUGGACAGAAGGGCUGAUCUCGGCGGCCAAGGCGGUGGCGUCGUCGACCAACACGCUGAUCGAGACGGCGGACGGCACCAUCUCUGGGCGCAACAGCCCCGAGCAGCUGAUCGUGGCCUCCAACGACGUGGCGGCGUCGACGGCGCAGCUGGUGGCCGCCAGCCGCGUCAAGGCUGGCUUCAUGAGCAAGAGCCAGGACACCCUCGAGCAGGCCAGCAAGGCCGUGGGCGCCGCGUGCCGCGCCCUCGUGCGGCAGGUGCAGGCGCUGAUCAGGGACCGCAGCGGCGAGGAGGAGCAGGUGGACUACUCGAAGCUCGGCACGCACGAGUUCAAGGUGCGCGAGAUGGAGCAGCAGGUGGAAAUCCUGCAGCUGGAGAAUGCACUCAACGCAGCACGACACAGACUGGGAGAGAUGAGGAAGAUUUCUUAUCAGGAGUAA